CGUGGAUGAGUGCGUGUAGCUGAGGCUCCUCGUUCUGUGGUGACUGCAGGGCACGUUGUAAUAAGCAGUGACAACAGGUCCUUUUGUUGAGUGGCAGAUGAAGAAAGUCACCGUCUGUAUUCUGAAUUUUCCACCAAGUCAGAGUAGCAGACAACACAGCAUCAGCAGCCCAUCUUCCAGCUCAGCACCCUUCACCGGGCACCAUGCUUCACUCGAGCCGCAGGGCCACCAAGGCCAGCAAGAGCAAGUACUACAAGAUGCGGCUCUUGCUAGGAAUGUGCUUGCUGGGCCUGCUGCUGUUCAUCGCGGUCAUCGUGGCCUGGAGUGAGUAUGGCGCGUCUCUACGCCGGGUGGAAGUCAUCAAGAUGGAGCUGCUGGAGCUCACACGCAGUGGCUUUCGCAUCAGGAAUGAGACGGGCGCCUUCGUCUUCCGUAUGAUCUUCAGGACGGGUCUACUGGAUCUCGAGUCGUGUACCAGAGAGGACAACGUGCUGAACUGCACCCGCACAGUUCCCGGGAACGUGAACUUCUCCCUCCGCGUUGAAAAGCCUCGGGAAUCGAUGAUUUGCUACCACCUCUUCUGGAGGAAAUCAAUCGUCAGGCACACCAUUGAGCAUCGCAUGUCCUACAGCUUCUCGUUCUUAUAUGGCGGAGCAGAGAACAACAGCCAGCAUUGGCCCAUCUUGGUAUCAGGGGUGCAGGCCCCAAGGGCCUUUGUGACGGCAGAUCUCUCCGCAGGGCAGCCCGGCUUUGGCAGUGUCCUGCAGAGGUACUGGCUCUCCUCCAACGGGACGGCAGUCAAGAUCAGCGAGUCGGUUCCCUUCCACUUCGGUUGGAAUGCGACCGAGCAGCAGCUCUACUUCCAAGCUCGGUAUCACGACACGCCUUACAAGCCGCCCCCCGGUCAGCAGCCUUUCCCUCACCUAAGAUAUCACGUGUGUGUCGGUUUAGACAUCACCUCCAUCCACAAGCACAUGGUGAGGAGUUACUUCGGCAAACCCACCAAGGUCCCCGACAGCAACAUCUUCAGUUACCCCAUCUGGUCCACGUCUGCGUUUGCCAAAUCGAACAUCACCAUGGACGCACUGAAGAAUCACGUGAACGAUAUCAAGUCAAAGAAUUUCAACUGUAGUCACCUAGUGUUGCACGAUGGCUACACCCUUUAUUAUGGUGACUUUGACCCGGACCCUGCCAGGUUCCCAAAGGUUUCAGAGGAGUUCAAAACGCUGAAGGACGACGGCUUCCCCAUUUCCCUGUGGAUUCAUCCCUUCAUCAACUACAACUCUUCCAAGUUUGCCGAUGGAGUGGAGAGAGGCUUGUUUGUGCGAGAAUCCACAGGAAAGCUUCCUGCUCUCGUUCGCUGGAGGAAUGGCAUUGGCGCCCUGGUGGACUUUACUAACACAGAUGCCAGAGAUUGGUAUGCAUCCCUGCUAAGAAACCUGACUACUGAAGCCAAGGUGACGUCCUUUAAUUUUGUGGCGGGAGAAGCCAGUUAUCUCCCAUUGACCUUCAACACCAGUGUCCGAAUUGAAGACCCCAACACCUUCACCCAGCGCUUUGCCGAGUUGGCUUUCCCUUUCUCGGACCAGGCCGAGUUACAGGUUGGCUACCACACUCAGAACAUCUCCUGCUUCUUCCGCAUUCUCGACAGGACUUCCAACUGGGGCUACAGUCUAGGCCUCCAGUCUGUCAUCCCCUUGGUACUCACCCUAGGCAUUCUGGGAUACCCAUUUGUCCAGAUAGGCACGAUUGGGGGGAAUGUGCCUCAGAGUCAAACAGACAGACGACCUGAUAGGGAACUUUACAUUCGAUGGCUGGAGCUCGCGGCCUUCAUGCCCACAAUGGAGUUCUCCGUGGCCCCCUGGGAGUACGAUGACACCGUUGUUAAAAUUGCCAAGAAGUUCACAGCUCUUCACCUGGCACUUGUGGCUCCCAUGGUCCUGGAGCUUGCCAAUGAGGUGCUCUUCACUGGCGACCCUGUCAUUCGGCCCCUGUGGUGGAUCGUGCCCGAUGAGCCACCAGCCUACAAGGUCAGCUCCCAGUUCCUAAUCGGAGAAGAUUUUAUGGUUGCCCCCAUUCUAGAACCGGGGAAGAGGGAGCGGGACAUUUACCUUCCCUCCGGAAAAUGGCGCAGUAACAGGGAUCAUAUCUAUAUCAGGACCCCAAGGCUGAUGACCGACUAUGAGGUGGAAUUAGACGAGGUGGCCUAUUUUACUAGGGUGACCUAGAAUUUCAUGAACUGAAGCCAGACCAAAGCGAGGGAAAUAAGUUGGCGCAGUCCCUGGUGAGACCACUUUUUUGUGUCAUUGGUGGUCUUUUUUUAUAGUGAGUGCAAAAUGGCUUUUUGACAUCUCUCACUGGGCACUGUGGUCAUAUCAUUUGGACAUGUCACCAAGAAACAAAGUGUGUCACAUAUGUGGCUUUCUUCAAGGGUGGCGGACAUUCCUAAAGGUUUCACUGUUUGUGUUCUGCUCAUCAUUUGACCCGGUGCUACUCAGGACCCAUGGAGAACUGGUGCCAAUCAGGGAGACUGGUGCCCCUGUGAUUGCAUCCCUCCUCCUCCAUACAUCUCAGGUGUCCAGGAUGAAGGGGAGAAGGUGGAAGUAAGAGACUGACGGUCAGCUGGGAUGACUGAAUCCACCCCAGCCUUGGUGGGCGUCCUUUCGCAGUAAUGUCCUAUAGGACCUGGGUCAGCGGUGAAAGCC